CGCUGCUCUUCAUGUAGGUACAAACUGUGACCGAGCUGUGUCAGUCUUGCUCACGUUUCGCUGUGUCUCCAAUGGCUUCUCCAAUUUCCAGGAUCCCAAUGAUGAGUUAUGCUGAAAAGCCUGAAGACAUCACAAAAGAAGAGUGGAUGGACAAAUUAAACAAUGUGCACAUACAGAGGGCGGACAUGAAUCGGCUUAUUAUGAAUUACCUGGUGACAGAGGGAUUUAAAGAGGCAGCAGAGAAGUUUCGGAUGGAGUCGGGGAUCGAGCCAAGUGUGGACCUGGACUCUUUGGAUGAAAGGAUAAAGAUUCGAGAGAUGAUCCUAAAGGGGCAAAUACAGGAAGCUAUAGCACUCAUUAACAGCUUACACCCAGAGCUGCUAGACACCAAUCGUUACUUGUAUUUUCAUCUGCAGCAGCAACAUUUGAUUGAGUUAAUCAGGCUAAGGGAGACUGAGUCAGCACUGGAGUUUGCCCAAACGCAACUGGCCGAGCAGGGAGAGGAGAGCCGCGAGUGUCUUACAGAGAUGGAGAGAACACUAGCUCUUCUGGCCUUUGACAACCCUGAAGAGUCGCCCUUUGGAGACCUGCUCAACAUGAUGCAGCGGCAAAAGGUGUGGAGCGAGGUGAACCAAGCCGUGCUGGACUACGAAAACAGGGAGUCGACUCCCAAACUGGCGAAACUUCUGAAGUUGCUGCUGUGGGCACAGAAUGAACUGGACCAGAAGAAGGUGAAAUAUCCCAAAAUGACUGACCUCAGCACGGGAACCAUCGAGGACCCGAAGUGAACGCCCACACAGACAAGAACAACCACCUUCCACGUCCCCCUAAUUUAUGAUCAGUCAGUGACUGUGUGACAACCAGGUAAUAUAUAUGUAUAAACAGAUGCUACAUUGUUUUUUCAUGUUUCAGUCAUGAGAGGGAAGACAUCAUUGUGCAAUCUGUAAAUUGCUGUAUUUGCAAAUUGAAAGAAAUGAUUUAGUUUAAAAAAAAAAGGAUCAUGGAUUCUUACAUUGAUCUCAGAAAUAAAAAAACACAAAUUGCUGUUAUAUAUUUUAUCUUUCUGAAGCAUAAGCUAGAUGUAUUAUUUAUUGUGACCAUCAUCCCCACGUGACUUUUUUUUUUAUUGCCAGAAAUAGAGAUAAUUAUAUAAAUGUUAAUACCUGGGCGUAUGAUGAGUCACAACCAGGGUUUCAGAAGAUGGCGGGGGAUUCAAGUCGAAUUUUUUUUCAAAUUUAAACAGCAAACAGUUAUUUUUUUUCUUUUAGUGAAGAUAUGUUUACAUUGAUAUGACACACUGCAAGAAUCAGUAAUAAUUGUACAAUUUCAUACAUACAAUGUGAGUAUUUUUCAAUUCAAUGGAAAUAUACACUUUAUUAAUGUAAUAUAGCGUUAUAAUUAAUAUAAUAUUUUAUUUGCUAUGAUGUCCGAUGAUUUGCUUAAGAAACCACCGCUUGCUUUCUAAACCUGAAAAUUGCCUUGUGUGUGAGAGAGAGAGAGAGGGGGUGGGGGGGGGGAGAGAUACGUCCUGACUGAGGCUUUGAACUGAGAGUUUAGAGUUCAACUACCUUGUAGUGAUUUAUGAGUCUGCAGUGAGGAAUGCCCACAAAAUGCUCCAAAUGGGACAAGUUUUGGUUUGAUGUUACGGGGGGAGAGGAUAAUAUUCUGUGAGUCCCUCGAUGAAGGGAGGGUUUCAAAGCUUAGGAAAGGCUGCUCCAUUCAAGAUAUGCUAAUGAACGACCGGUCCUUUUAAAGCAACUCCUUUUAGUCUCAUUUUUAAAAUCUAUUCAGAGUGAAACUGAUACUCUUGUUUUUUGGCUCUGUAUUAUUAACCACAAUGAUCAAAAGCAUUGACACUUUGAAUUUAUACAGGCAUUUUGAAAAAGGUCACAUAACUUGAUGUCCAUUUUGCCACUUUUGAAAACCGUUAGUAUUUUCACUUUAAAUGCAUGUAUAAGUGUAUCUUUUUUUUUUUCAAUGGGAGAAAAUGCACCUGUGUUUAUUUUGUUUCAUUUGUUUACUUUUAUAAAAAACAAAAUACAAACCUGCUGCUAGUUGUCCAUUCAUAAUAUAUUUUUAGUUGGUAUUGUCUUUAUAGUUGUGGGCAAAUCCUGAGUCCCAGAGAGCUCACACCUCUUUUAUUAUUCAACAUUUUUAAAAUCUCAGAUUUGCAAUUAUUAAAAUAAAACUUUUGUGAACCAU